UACUCUUCUACUCUCACAGAUCAAACUUCAGGUAGAGUUGAUGAAUAUCUACAGACCAACCCUGAUACUCUUCUACUCUCACAGAUCAAACUUCAGGCUCCAGUAACUGGAAUGGAUAAAGUUCUCUGUAUUGGAAUGAAUUACAAGGAUCAUUGUGCAGAGCAGAAUGCACCAAUUCCAACGGAACCUGUGGUUUUCAACAAGUUUCCAUCUUGUAUUGUCGGACCCUUCUCAGAUAUUCCUUUCCCGCCAGCUACAAACCAACUAGAUUGGGAGGUUGAGCUGGUCAUUGUCAUUGGGAAAUCAGCAUUUCAGGUAUCUACAGUUGUUUUGAACAUUAAUUCUAGAACUUCUGAGAUGGUUUUCAACGUUCCUCAGAUUGUAUCUUGGGUUUCAAAGUUCUUUACCCUGUUACCAGGGGAUUUGAUCCUGACUGGAACCCCCCCUGGAGUUGGAGUAUUCAAGAACCCUCAAGAAUUCAUCCAAAAAGCUGCAGGCGACACUGUGAUCUGUGGUAUAGAACAUAUCGGAGAAAUAGAAAAUAAAAUUGUGUAAAUAUGUCAAGUGGGACUCGGGGGCUUUUCUUUCAAAAACUCAAGAUUUGGUGGAGAAAAUCUUUAUGCACAUCUCUUGUUAGAAUUUAGAGCAUAUGUAUAUUGUAUAAUAAAGCCAUAAUAGUAUCAAA